GAUAACUUAAAAAUUAAAAUCUUCAUUUAUUCUUCUUCAACUUCAACUGCAUCUUCAAUCUUCCUCACAAGGAUCCUUUUUUAACUUAAGAGAUCUUUCUGAGUUGUUGUGAGAUGGAAAUGGUGUCUGGGAAAGUAAUUCAAGGUUGCUCCAACGCAGGCAAUCCUUUCCAUGAGUGUACUCCUAUCUGUUUAGAGAAAUUAAACUCCGUGGAUGUCUACAAGAAGGAGAAGAAGCUCUUUGGGUUUGGUAAGAGAACUCCAAGCAGGGACACUCCUCCAGGCAGCCCCGCUAGUGGAAGCAGAUCACCUCUGCCCAGCUUUUUCACCAAAAAGAAGGUCGAGUCAAACAGUUCAUCUUCCACUACUGAUCACACCAAUAAUAACUUCUUCAGCCGCCUUUCCCCGCUACAUGCACUCCCAUCCCAACCCACCAAGAACGAGGCUGCAACAAGUGUGAACUCCCUCCUCAUGUCUCCUACUCUGGCUGGGUAUUCAGGGGGAGACUUUUUUGCAAGAAGGGGUGCUGUUGAGGAUGAUGAUAUGUACUCUCCAAGGCCUUUUGGAACUCGUCCUAAGACGCCUGAACACCCUCUUAGGACACCUCAGCAUAGGCCCCGUACACCUCAGCACCUCUCUGAUACUAGGCCAAAGACGCCCAUACAUGAGUCCUCUGCAAUAGGAAGGAGGCCCCAAACACCAGAAACUAGGCAGCAGACUACACAAAAUAGAGGGAGGCCAACAGAGUUCAUGGAAAGAUCCCCCGGGCCUAGGUCCAAGACCCCAGAGCCACAACCUACCUACUUUGAACCAUCCUCAAGGACUCCAAAAAAGCGGUCCAAGACGCCAGAACCCAGUCCUAGGGUUCCACAAACUCAGCCCAUAUCCCACAGAUCUCUUGACAGCGCUGCUAUUCAAACACCUCAGCCCAGUCCUAGGCCUAGGACGCCUGAACACCAGACCAGGACAGUGGAAACAAGGUCAAGAAUACAUGAAAGUAGGCCAAAGACUGCCGUCUCUAGAGAAAGAUCACCUCAUCACAGAGAGACGAUCCCACAAAAUCAACAAAGGUCCUUUGAGAUGGGUGAAAGGUCACCUCAGGCCUACAAUUAUCUUGGGAGCAAAGCUGAGUCAGAGAACGAUACUGAAUCAGUUCUACUCUAUCCAGAACUGAUUUUGUCCCCUCAAGAAAGGCCAGCGAGCUCAGAUGAGGAUAAAUUUUCAUUUGUGGAUGACGAUGAUGAUCGCGACGAUAAGCAAGACAAGGAGCCUCCAGAGCUACCAGAUGAAUCGCAGAGCUUCAGUCUCUCAGAAAUCACCCGGAUGAAAGGAAUAAUAGUUAAGAAGAACGAGGAGAUCCAGUCCAUUGUAUCUGCCGAGUCCAUUGUCUCUGUGGGAGACUACAGAGUCAGAGCGAGCGUGUCGGCCACUCUUUAUCAGAUCCUCGACAAGCACGGCGACAUUGCGUCCGGUUCUAAACUACACUCGCUCGCCACGCGAUCCUACUACCUCGAGAUGCUCGCCUCCGUUGUUUUCGAACUCCAGACGACGCCCUUGAAGCAUCUCAAGGAGUCCCGCGUGGUGGAGAUGCUAGCGAUUGUUAGAGACGUCGAGUCGGUGAAAAUCAAGGCGGGUUGGCUCACGCCCGUCCUGGAGGAGAUAGUCGAGGCGGUAAAGCACUACGAGCGGCACAAGAGGAGCGGAACGGAGAGAGAGGUGUGGGAAGGGGAAGUGUUGCUUGCGAGACAAGAAAUGGAGAGAGAGGUGAAGGAGCUAAAGGAGAAGGAGAAGGGAUUGAAGGAGUGGAGGGAGAGAACGUCGGAGAUGGCUGGGAAGUUGGGUGGUCUUGAUAUGAGAAGAGCGCGUCUUGACAAGAGCUUGGCGCUUUUGAGUUCCAAGGUGGACAAGUUUCAGGGUGAAUCUGUACUUCAAGCCAUCUUUUGACCCUUCUUUCAUUUGGCGGUUGCGUUUGCAUCCGAUAAUUCUUUUGUUCAUCACGUGUGAGUGACAAGACAAGCCUAGCGAGCCGCAAAAUAAGCAUUUGCUCAAAGCACACUGUAAGGAGCGGUUUGUUUUGGCUUUUGGGUGGAGUAUCUCAGUGUCUGUAUAUGCUUCUUCUCUAUAUCUAUACCUCCUGCACUAUAUAUAUUAUUAUAUAUCUUUUCAA